CCUUACUGAUAGUUCCUGAAGUGAAGCUAUUAAUUGUCUUCAACGCGCUUUGUUAUCAUUUUGUUCUGUCAGGUGCCGUUAAGUCACAUCUCGUUGUGCAGUGCCUGUUUUUGGGCAUGGUCGCUUGUGAUUUCGUAAAGCUCUCUUGUUAAACAAAAUCCAAAGUUAUACUUCGUGUUUUUGACUUAAUACCGUGCAAAAUGAAAAGCUGCGCUUCCGUGUUUAUCGCUCUUUUCGCUGCAAACUGUUUUUUGCUGGAAGGCUCGAGCCACUUGCUCAGCAGGAAAAUCUCUAAAUUAACCACGGUGUGGGGAUUUUCUUGGCAAGACUGCGAUAAACCAAAUGAUCCUGCACGAUUAAAGACUCUUAAUAUAUCCCCAGAUCCCAUUCCCAUUCCAGGACAGUUAACAGCAUAUGCAUCAGGCACAACAUCAGUAGAGCUGGCAUCUCCUCUCUCUGUGAACGUGACGCUGGAAAAAGAAGUAGCUGGUAUUUGGGUGAAAAUACCCUGUCUGGAAGAAAUAGGAAGUUGUCAUUAUCCAAAUGUCUGUGACCUACUCGAUCAGCUGAUCCCCCCUGGACAGGACUGUCCUGAGCCUCUGCAUACAUACGGCCUGCCCUGCCACUGCCCGUUCAAAGCUGGUGAUUAUUCUUUGCCGACGUCAGAUAUCUACAUACCGGAAGUUGAACUGCCUGGCUGGCUGACCAAUGGCAAUUACAAAGUACAGGGUGUUUUAGGAAGCUCUGAGAAAGAACUGGGAUGCCUCAAAAUCGCCUUCUCGUUGCAUUCCUCAAAGUAACAACAUUAUCAAGCAGAGAUCAUUUACUGUCGUGGCACUGGUUUUUGGGUAAGACGAGACAAAACAUUUCCUGGUGAAAGGUUGUUUGUGAUUAAUCUAUAGAAUGAGUUUCUCUUUCAUAACUUUUUAGAAUGACGACUUUUCAGUCAGUAUGAGCACAUUUCAUUUUAACUAAUAGUUUUUAAAUGACUGGUAGAAGCUGUAAAUAUUCCUACUUCAGGUUACUUUACAAACCACUGUACAAAGUUUGACAGCUCUGACUCAUGGGAAAAUCUUUAGAUCAUAAACUGCACAUUUUUUAAUGACUUAUUCUAAUUAACAUGAAUGUUUUUUUCUGUCAUGAUUUAUGUUGUUUUUUUGUUACUAAUAAAGUUCAGUGUCAAAGCAAA